CUUGUUAAAUACAAUAUGAAAAAUAGCCAAGAAAUUUGGAAACAGAAUAUAGAAAAUAUUAUACGUUGACCUGAGCCCUUCAAUAUUUAUAUUUUUAGCUGAAUACAAACCGGGUCUGAAACUAAAUCACAUAUGAACCCGGACCCAGACCCGGACUCGGGUGAUAUCAAAUUUCUGUACCCGGACCCGGACCCGAGUCCGGGUCCGGGUCUGGACAGACCCGCUGGUCUCUACUGUCGUUACGUCUGUGGAGUGACAUUAAAACUUCUACACUUCUAUUUCAAUACUCGUUUUAGAUCGUAAAUUUAGAAAAACGAAUUUUUAUUUUUAUUUUCUAGCAUGUAGUACAAUGUGUUGUUGUAGCAAUAAAAACCAUCGGCAAUAUUAUGUUAGUUACAUUUCUUUUACAAUUUAUGUUUGCUUGUAUGGGUGUACAAUUAUUUAAAGGAACAUUUUAUUCAUGUAAUGAUAAAUCAAUGUUGAAUAAAGAAGAUUGCAAAGGAUAUUAUUUGAAAAUUGAAGAUGGUCAUAUAUAUAAAGAAACUCGAGAAUGGUCUAAUUCAAAAUUUCAUUUUGAUAAUGUUCCACAAGCUUUAUUAACAUUAUUUACAGUUGCAACAUUUGAAGGAUGGCCAAGUUUAUUGCAUACAGCAAUUGAUUCAAAAGGUGAAGGUGAAGGUCCAGUUUAUAAUUAUCGACCAUUUGUUGCUCCAUUUUUUAUUACAUUUAUUAUUGUAAUUGCAUUUUUUAUGGUGAAUAUUUUCGUUGGUUUUGUUAUUGUUACAUUUCAAAAUGAAGGUGAACAAGAAUAUCGUAAUUGUGAAUUGAAUAAAAAUCAGGUAGAAAUUUAUGCUGUUUUUUUUUUUUAUGAUCAAAGAAAUCAUUUUUAUUUUCGUAAUCAUAAGACUUGA